AUGCAAGCCCGCGACGCUACAGGCCGCCAGGUAUCGUUACUAAACGAUGACAUCUAUGCCAGCCACCCCUCCUAUCCAUCACCCACUCAGUCACCGCCGGCCCACACACCAGAACUCAUGCGUUCAGACUCAUACGACUCUAAUGCUAGCUACGACGCUUUCUCCCCAUUAACACCGAAUGUCUAUGACUAUUCGGCGCGGCCAUACUACGACGAUUAUCUUGAAGACAAGCAGCCGUCUUUGAAACACCCUACCUAUGUUACUGCCCACCGUGCUGGUUCGUAUGAGGAUGACAGUUCAAACACCUCUCAGGAAAAGCCAGGGAAGCGCUACCCUUGUCGGUAUCGUGAAACCCAUGGCUGCGAGAAGACAUUCACGACAUCAGGUCAUGCCUCGCGCCACUCCAAGAUUCACACAGCUGAGAAGGCUGUCCAGUGCACAUUCCCGGGCUGCCACAAGAAGUUCACGAGGGCAGACAAUAUGAAGCAGCAUCUGGAGACCCACUUCAAGGACAAGUCGAGAGCAUCCAGCUCCAAAUCGAAGAGUUCUUCCAUGUCUUCGUCAAAGCGUGCAUCCGUGUCUUCCAAGUCAUCAUCUUCGACCCAGAGCAGCCGGGCUUCUCGUGACAUUCAGAUGUGGGAUGUCGAGCAAUACGGUGCAGAUUACAUGCCCUUGCCCUCUCCCGGUGGGGUCUGGGAUAUGCGAAGCUUGAACUCACCCCUAUUGAGCCGCCCAGGCGCUGCCCGGACAAGCAGCGGCUUGGAUGCCUUAGCAGCCAUAGCCUGCCAGGAAGGCGCUUAA